AUGUGUUGGUUAACACUUACCCUUAUACCUGUAUUGAUUCUGGCCACCAAUGACAUCCGUUUUCGGAUAAUUCGCAAUGAUAUGCCCAAUUUAGUCAGACAGUUUAUCAUCGUAGUGGCGGUUUCUUUUGUUAUUUUGAAGCUCAUUUUGACGGUAGUCCGAAGUAAUGAAAUGAAAGCAAUAUUUGACGGAAUAAACGAGGACUACGAAAAUUAUAACGAUUUACCAGACGAGCACCAGCAAAUUGUCGAGGGUACAAUCAAGAAGACGAAAAUCCUCGAAAAAAUAUGGAUUAUUAUUAUGGGGACCACAGCAUUGUCCUAUCCGGUGCUAGCCAGUGUUUGUACGAUCUAUUCCGCACUUUUCUCUGAAAAUCCUAGACGUUUUAUGGUGCAUGAGAUAAAGAUAAUAUUUUUGACGGAGGAUCAGAAAUAUGACAGCCCCUUUUUUGAAAUGAUAGCUGCCUACAGUAUUUUCGUAGUAUGGGUUAUUUUCAUUGGAUUUACUGGUUACGACGGCAUGUUCACUGUGUGUAUUCAACAUGUAUCUUUGAAGAUAAAAUUACUAAGCUUUAAUUUGAAGUAUUUAUUCAUUGAUACAAAUGACGUGAUCAAGAUAAAGAGAAACAUUACCGAAUUCGUUGAAGGGCAUUGCGAAAUUAUCAGAUUGGUAGGUGAGAUUCAGAAGUGUUACGAAGUGUGGUUGGCUGGAAUGUUCUUUUUGUCGGUGGUGCAGAUCGGGAUGGCACUGAGUCAGGUCACGGCGGAUGCUGAGAGUGAUAUAAACGGUAUGUACUACCUGUUCGUGGCAUGUACCAUCGUUUACAUAUACUUGCCCUGCUACCUCGCAUCUGACGUCACUUACAAUGCUGCAGAAGUAGCAAAUUACGCCUACGGUUCUUCAUGGGAGACGAUCACCGACUCCGGAUUACGUAAAUCUAUCUGCAUCAUCAUAGCUCGAGCCCAGAUUCCAAUCCACUUCAAAGCUCUAGGCAUGCUAACAUUCAAUAUGGAGAUGUUCGUCUCGAUUCUUCAAACAGCGUAUUCCAUGUACACAUUGCUGCGGACUUGAGUAAAUAAAUAGAAGAGUAGCAGUCAAUAAUUCAUAUUAAACAAUAGAUAAUAGAUUUUAGGAUAUUUUAUUUCCUUUUUUUAUAAUAUUGACAAAAUCACAAUGACAAAAUCAAAGUAUUUUAGAUGAUCGUAGGCAUUAGGUGACGAUAAAGUUGUCAAUUUGUCUCAAAAGUAAAAAAGAAUAGUUUUAAGGUAAUUUAUACAAAGGAUUUAGCAGUUAUUCUGAGAUACCGUCAUCUAACAGGCUGUUUGGGCUCUUCUCACAAAUGAAUGGAGCUAAUCGGUCGCACCAGAAAUCGUUCAGUUUAGUGGUAUUAAACAUAGAUCCGCAGUGCUGACCAGGUUCAACAUUAUUAGGUUGUUUUGAAGACCAUUUUGCGUAGCCUGCUUCCUCGAUCUUCAACCCUGGUAUGAACAAAAUGUUAGAUUACAAUAAAAUGAUUAAUG